CUCUGCAAAGGGCUGAAGACUCAGCUUCAGCAUCUACUAGCAGAACAGGUAGCCCUGAGCCUGUUUUCACCAUGACCUACCGGUGCCUCCUCCAGAUGGUUCUCCUGCUGUAUUUCUCCACCACAGCUCUCUCCAUGAACUACAGCUUGCUUCGAUUCCAACAAAGGAGGAGCAUUGCGGUGUGUCAGAAACUCCUGCGGCAGUUACCUUCAACUCCUCAACAUUGCCUGGAGGUCAGGAUGGACUUCCAGGUCCCUGAGGAGAUGAGGCAAGCACAGCAGUUCCAGAAGGAAGAUGCCGUAUUGGUCAUCUAUGAGAUGCUCCAGCAGAUCUUCGGAAUUCUCACCAGAGACUUCUCCAGCACUGGCUGGUCUGAGACCAUCGUUGAGGACCUCCUUGUGGAACUCCAAGGGCAGAUGGAUCAUCUGGAGCCAAUCCAGAAGGAAAUCAUGCAGAGAAAAAACUUCACUACGGGAGACAUGACUGUUCUUCACCUGAAGAAAUAUUACUUCAACCUUGGGCAGUACCUGAAGUCCAUGGAGUACAACAGCUGUGCCUGGACAGUCGUGCGAGUGCAAAUGCUCAUGAACUUUUCUUUCCUGAAGAGCCUAACAGGGUACCUCCAUGACUGAACAUCUCCCACCUGAGGCUCUGGGAAUGGACAAUGUGACUUUGAUGUGAGACUCUUCAACCAGCAGAGGCUCUCGAAGUAACUGACAAUGCAAUGCACUGGAUUUCAAUGGACAGUUAAAGACUGUAAGCUAUUUUUAAAUUGAUUUAUUCAUUAUUUAUUUAUUUAAACUUUUAUAUGGAAAUAAAUUAUUUAUGAAACAAAAGUCAAUGUGGCAGUUUCAAUGUCAACUUGAUUUAUGUGACAACACAUAUUAAAAAUUGCAGAGCACCUUGGAGACAUUCAUUGCAAAACAAGCCUGCAGAGUGGUGGAGUUUCUGGCCCCUGCCUUUGAGGAAUUUAAAACAGAAGGAAGAUAUGUGGAAUGUCAAAGUUAUAGGCAUACUCUCCAUGUAUCCAUACAGUUUACCUGCUCUUGUCUCCUUCAC